GGAGCUCUGCCGAUGCGCCUUCUUUCCUCGCCCCCGUUUCGGAGACGCGCUGCUUCCCCAUUGGAAACAGGGAAGCGGGGCGAGGCUCCCGCUUCCGAUCCGGCGCCUUGGCCGCUUUGGGGCGGAAGGCAGGCAGGCAGGCAGGGAGGAGGCGUGUCUCGCGUCGCCAUGGAGGGGAGUCCGGAGCCGGCUUCCCCCGGCGUGAUCCGCGAGGGGGACUUCGCCGUCCUCAAGCGCGACGAGGUCUUCAAGGCGGUGGCGGUGGCCAGGCGGAGGUGAGGGCGCGCCCGCCGGGAGACCCGCUCGCUUCUCGGCGACCAUCUCCCGCUUGAAACACGUGGGGAGGCGGGGGAGGCGAAAGGGAAAUUACGGGAUCGGGGGGUGGAGGGGCACCCGGGGGUCAUCUAGGCCAACCCCCCGCCAUCCAGGAGUUCCUUGGGAGGGGUCCCGAGGGUAAUCUAGUUCAACCCCCUGCCACGCAGGAGACUUUGGGGGGGCCAUGGGGUCAUCUAGGCCAGCCCCCGCCAUGCAGGAGUCUUUGGGGGGAUCAUGGGGUCAUCUAGGCCAGCCCCCGCCAUGCAGGAGUCUUUGGGGGGACCGUGGGGUCAUCUAGGCCAGCCCCCUGCCACGCAGGAGACUUUGGGGGGACCGUGGGGUCAUCUAGGCCAGCCCCCGCCAUGCAGGAGUCUUUUGGGGGGGACCGUGCGGUCAUCUAGGCCAGCCCCCGCCAUGCAGGAGUCUUUGGGGGGACCGUGGGGUCAUCUAGGCCAGCCCCCGCCAUGCAGGAGUCUUUGGGUGGGCCAUGGGGUCAUCUAGGCCAGCCCCCGCCAUGCAGGAGUCUUUUGGGGGGGCCAUGGGGUCAUCUAGGCCAGCCCCCGCCAUGCAGGAGUCUUUUGGGGGGGCCAUGGGGUCAUCUAGGCCAGCCCCCGCCAGGCCGGAGGCUGGGGGGGAUCAUGGGGUCAUCUAGGCCAGCCCCCGCCAUGCAGGAGUCUUUGGGGGGGCCAUGGGGUCAUCUAGGCCAACCCCCGCCAUGCAGGAGUCUUUGGGGGGGCCAUGGGGUCAUCUAGGCCAGCCCCCGCCAUGCAGGAGUCUUUUGGGGGGACCAUGGGGUCAUCUAGGCCAGCCCCCGCCAUGCAGGAGUCUUUGGGGGGACCGUGGGGUCAUCUAGGCCAGCCCCCUGCCACGCAGGAGUCUUUGGGGGGGACCAUGGGGUCGUCUAGGGCAGCCCCCGCCACGCAGGAGUCUUUGGGGGGGGACCAUGGGGUCAUCUAGCCCAGCCCCCUGCCGCGCAGGAGUCUUUUGGGGGGACCAUGGGGUCAUCUAGGCCAGCCCCCGCCACGCAGGAGUCUUUGGGGGGGAUCAUGGGGUCAUCUAGGCCAGCCCCCGCCAUGCAGGAGUCUUUUGGGGGGGCCAUGGGGUCAUCUAGGCCAACCCCCGCCAAGCAGGAGUGUUUGGGGGACCAUGGGGUCAUCUAGGCCAGCCCCCGCCAUGCAGGAGUCUUUGGGGGGAUCAUGGGGUCAUCUAGGCCAGCCCCCGCCAUGCAGGAGUCUUUUGGGGGGGCCAUGGGGUCAUCUAGGCCAGCCCCCGCCAUGCAGGAGUCUUUUGGGGGGGCCAUGGGGUCAUCUAGGCCAGCCCCCGCCAUGCAGGAGUCUUGGGGGGCCAUGGGGUCAUCUAGGCCAGCCCCCGCCAUGCAGGAGUCUUUGGGUGGGCCAUGGGGUCAUCUAGGCCAGCCCCCGCCAUGCAGGAGUCUUUUGGGGGGGCCAUGGGGUCAUCUAGGCCAGCCCCCGCCAUGCAGGAGUCUUUUGGGGGGGACCAUGGGGUCAUCUAGGCCAGCCCCCUGCCGCGCUGGAGUCUUUGGGGGGACCAUGGGGUCAUCUAGGCCAACCCCUGCCACGCAGGAGUCUUUGGGGGGACCGUGGGGUCGUCUAGGGCAGCCCCCGCCAUGCAGGGGUCUUUUGGGGGGGGCCAUGGGGUCAUCUAGGCCAGCCCCCGCCAUGCAGGAGUCUUUUGGGGGGACCAUGGGGUCAUCUAGGCCAGCCCCUGCCACGCAGGAGUCUUUUGGGGGGGCCAUGGGGUCAUCUAGGCCAGCCCCCGCCACGCAGGAGUCUUUUGGGGGGGCCAUGGGGUCAUCUAGGCCAGCCCCCGCCAUGCAGGAGUCUUUUGGGGGGACCAUGGGGUCAUCUAGGCCAGCCCCGGCCACGCAGGAGUCUUUUGGGGGGGGCCAUGGGGUCAUCUAGGCCAGCCCCCGCCAUGCAGGAGUCUUUUGGGGGGGACCGUGCGGUCAUCUAGGCCAGCCCCCGCCAUGCAGGAGUCUUUGGGGGGACCGUGGGGUCAUCUAGGCCAGCCCCCGCCAUGCAGGAGUCUUUGGGGGGAUCAUGGGGUCAUCUAGGCCAGCCCCCGCCAUGCAGGAGUCUUUGGGGGGGACCAUGGGGUCAUCUAGGCCAGCCCCCCGCCAUGCAGGAGUCUUUGGGGGGACCGUGGGGUCAUCUAGGCCAGCCCCCGCCAUGCAGGAGUCUUUGGGGGGACCGUGGGGUCAUCUAGGCCAGCCCCCGCCAUGCAGGAGUCUUUGGGGGGGACCAUGGGGUCAUCUAGGCCAGCCCCCGCCAUGCAGGAGUCUUUUGGGGGGGGCCAUGGGGUCAUCUAGGCCAGCCCCCGCCAUGCAGGAGUCUUUGGGGGGGACCAUGGGGUCAUCUAGGCCAGCCCCCGCCAUGCAGGAGUCUUUGGGGGGGACCAUGGGGUCAUCUAGGCCAACCCCUGCCACGCAGGAGUCUUUUGGGGGGGCCAUGGGGUCAUCUAGACCCAUGGCCCACGCCACGCAGGCAGUCUUGGGGGCCAUGGGGUCAGAUCCAGGCCAGCCUCCGCCACGCAGGAGUCUUGGGGGUCGCAUGUGGUCAAAUGCGUAGGCCAUGCCCUCUGCUCAUGCAUGGAGUCUUUGUGGGGCAUAGGUCGUUCAUUUUCCCCGCAAUGUAGUCAGUCCCCAAGGUCUGAGGACCAGGACCGCCCCUGCCAUGCAGGAGUCUUUGGGGGCCAUGGGGUCAUCUAGGCCAGCCCCUGCCAUGCAGGAGUCUUUGGGGGUGACCAUGGGGUCAUCCACACCAAUCCCUGCCACGCAGGAGUCUUGGGGGGGACCAUGGGGUCAUCCAGGCCAGCCGCCGCCACGCAGGAGUCUUGGGGGCCAUGGGGUCAUCUAGGCCAGCCCCCGCCACGCAGGAGUCUUGGGGGGGGGCCAUGGGGUCAUCUAGGCCAGCCCCCGCCACGCAGGAGUCUUGGGGGGGGGGCCAUGGGGUCAUCUAGGCCAGCCCCCGCCAUGCAGGAGUCUUUGGGGGGGACCAUGGGGUCAUCUAGGCCAACCCCCUGCCAUGCAGGAGUCUUUGGGGGGGACCAUGGGGUCAUCUAGGCCAACCCCCUGCCAUGCAGGAGUCUUUGGGGGGGAUCCUGGGGUCAUGUAGGCCAGCCCCCGCCACGCAGGAGUCUUUUGGGGGGGACCAUGGGGUCAUCUAGGCCAGCCCCAGUCCAUUUGCCUCCGCAAUCCGGCCCACAGAUGGUCCGGGAAUCAGCGUGUUUUUACAUAAAUAGAAUGUGCGCUUUUAUUUAAAACGCAUAUUUGGGUUAUUUGUGGGGCGUAGGAAUUCGCUCCUUUAUUCCCCUUCAAAAUAUAGUCUGGCCCCCCACAAGGUAUGAGGGACUGUGGACCGGCCCCCUGCUGAAAAAGUUUGCUGACCCCUGAUCUAGACCAACCCCCUGCCACACAGGAGUUCGUUGGGAGGCCCCCGUGGGUCAUCUAGACCAACCCCCUGCCAAGCAGGAGUUCUUUGGGAGGGUCCCUAGGGACCCCCUGCCACACAGGAAUCUUUUGCCCAACCUGCGGCAUGAACUUACCACCCUGAGGUUUAAGAGUCUCAGGCUUGUCCGGCAUUGCGUUUCCCCUGGGUUUUAUUUUUAUUUUUUUUCCCAAAAAAAUUAUUGAUUUUCCGAAUUUAUAAACAAACAUAAAUGCUACCUUUAAUUAUUCCACUAUUAUUAACAUUGUUAAGUGACUUCCUCAAAUCCCCCUGGCUGAAUUCCAAUGUAUAUCAUUGUAAGAGUUUUCCAAAACUAAUUUCUAAUGAGAUUUAUUUAGUCAUUUAAACUUCUUUCUUUCUUUUCAUAUUAACUUUAAACAUAUUGAUUUAUAACAUCACAUAUUUAAAUCCCAAGCCAAUCUGGUACUUGCAAGUAUUUCUAUUUAAGUUAUCUUAGCAUAUUUAGCUAAACAUUUAGCAGUUGGUCCCUUACCUUUCCCGCCCCAACUUGGCCACAGUGAUCCAUGCGACGGUCACCUCCAGGCUUGACUACUGUAAUUCGCUCUACGCGGGGCUGCCCUUGAAGCUGUCCCAGAAACUUCAGCGGGUGCAGAAUGCUGCAGCGAGGCUCCUCACGGGGUCUCUGCCAUGGGAGCAUAUUCACCCAGUGCUUUUCCAGUUGCACUGGCUCCCGGUGGCAUAUUGGGUCAGGUUUAAGGUGCUGGUUUUGACCUUUAAAGCCCUUCACGGCCUAGGACCCUCGUACCUACGGGACUGCCUCUCCCAGUAUGCCCCACGGAGAGCCUCAAGGUCCAUAAAUAGCAACACCCUAGAGGCCCCAGGCCCUAAGGAAGUUAGAUUGGCUUCAACCAGAGCCAGGGCCUUUUCAACACUGGCUCCGACCUGGUGGAACGCUCUGUCUCAUGAGACCAGGGCCCUGCGGGAUCUGAUUUCUUUCCGCAGGGCCUGUAAGACAGAGUUGUUCCGCCUGGCCUUUGGCUUGGAGUCAAUUUGAUUCCCUUCCCCUCUUUCUUUUUUCUUUUUCCUUUCUCCUCCUGUGAUGAGGCUGCAUUUUAAUAUUUCAAUGUUUCCAUAUUUUAAUGUUGUAAUUUAAUCUAGUUUUUAAGUUGUAUUCAUUCAACUUGUUUUUAUUAUUACUUGUUAGCCGCCCUGAGCCUGGCCCUGGCUGGGGAGGGCGGGGUAUAAAUAAAAUUUAUUAUUAUUAUUAUUAAAUAGUAUUUAAAUUUCAUCCAUUCCUUUCCCCUGGGUUUUAGAGCCCCACUGUAGCUAGCAGCUACAGGCCAUGCAACAGAGAAGGGGAACCCGUAAAGCAAACCCACACGCCACCUUUUUUCCAUGCCACCCCCCCCCCGGUUGUAUCUUUUCUGGCAGCAGUAUUGCGGGGCCUACCUAAUAACGUCAGCCGCAGCACCCGUGGCUUAUUCGUGUGCUCAUUUCCUGAUGGUGGUGCAUGUCAACAUCUGCCAGCAGUUACCAUAGCAUAAGUAGGCCAACCCCUUCUGGAGAUAAUACAUCGUAGAAUUGUAGUGUUGGAAGACAACCUCAAUGGUAAUCUAGGGUAACCUUUGAUGCAGGAAUCCUAGUGCCAUACCUGUCAACCGUCCCUUAUUUGGCGGGAAAGUCCCUUAUCCCAGCACUGUGUCCCACUGCUGUCUCGGAUUGAUCAUGUCCCGUAAAUUUCCCGGGUUUCAAAGGAAGCAGCUCCUCUCCCUCCCUCCCUGCCGGCCAGGAAGGAGGGAGGCUCCAACUGUGUUGCUUGGCUGCGUUGCUCACCCAAUAAGGAGUCUAAGAAUGACUGUGCCUUGUGCUGAUCAAAUCGGCCGCAUUGCCUGGGGACUCGCCUUUGCUCAGCGCUUCCCAGCAGAGGGGUGACAGUGGUUUUCCUUGCUGCAUCCCCUUUGCCGGGUUGCUGCGCUGUGGGAACCACCGCUUGAGGCUUUGUUUGGCUGCUGGCUGGGCUUUCUGCCUUUGGCUCGGAGGGGCUCAGAAGUUGAACAUACCUGUGCUUGGAAAAUCCCUUAUUUUGGCUGCUGAUCCCUUAUUUUCGAGGCUGCUGGUCCCUUAUUUUCAAAUCUGUAAGUUGACAGCUAUGCCUAGUGCCCACAGCUGUCCCUGGUUGGGCUCAAACCACCAGCCUUCUGGUUCACAACCAGUUGCACCGCAGAAAUGAAUUGGUGGGUGCAAACGGCAACAUUCAUAAGCAAAUAGGGAAACUUCAGCGUCCCAAGGGGCUCUGCUACUGAUCUUAAGGUGGACCUGCUUUAUUUUAUUUAACAAACUUUAUAUCUCUUGGUUGUAAAUCAGGCCUCUAAGCAAAUUUUAUUUGUUUUUGCCGCAAUGGUUUAACAAACACGGCAAGCCACUCUGGAAUUUAUAAGUGCGCGUAGUGCUUUGCAGAGUAAUGAGCAAACAAGACUGGUUCCUGCCCCAAGGAUCUUACAAUUUAAAAAUUGACACAGGCAGAGGAAGGGAGGUUAAACAGGGCAGAUUUGCAUUCCACAUCUAGGGCGAAAGUGAGAAAGUCAGGAUUCUCGUGUAACUGUUCUUUUGAGAAAAGUGAUACAGUGGUACCUCGGGUUACAGAUGCUUCAGGUUACAUACGCUUCAGGUUACAGACUCCGCUAACCCAGAAAUAGUACCUCGGGUUAAGAACUUUGCUUCAGGAUGAGAACAGAAAUCGUGCUCCGGUGGCGCAGCAGCAGCAGGAGGCCCCAUUAGCUAAAGUGGUGCUUCAGGUUAAGAACAGUUUCAGGUUAAGAACAAACCUCCAGAACGAAUUAAGUACUUAACCCGAGGUACCGCCGUAUUAGUAUUGCAAGUCAGAGGCAGAGCUGAGGCUGUUUGAGAUUUUCAGGCUUCUUCUGGUUCCUUCCCAGGCUUAACCAACUACUAAUGGACUGGAAAAUGAAACUAAAUUAACUGUUUUGCUCCUUUGAAGGCAUGUCGAAACUGCUAAUCUUGUAUAGUUCAGGAAAUACAUCCAGAUGCCCGCAAGAAGCUAUUCACACUAUAACUAUCUGCUUACCAUAUUUUUCCGUGUAUAACCCGCCCCCAUGUAUAAGAGGGCCCCUAUUUUUUGGACAGCAAAAAAAAUCGGAGGGGGGGCCCCAAAUUGAACAAAGUUGUUGAGCUUUGGGGGGGAUUGCCCAGAGUUGUAGAGCUUUUGGGGGGCAGGAAUUGCCCACAGUUUUUGAGCAAGACAGCCUGCCCGGCACUGCAAAUCACACGCAUCGCCGCAGCCACCGAUCCUGUGCACGCUCACUGCCCAAAGCCCACCUGUACACUCGACGGAAACACAGACGAUUGCACGCCUCGACGAUGCCGUAAAUCUGCUGCCCAAUUGCCGCAGUCUCAGCCAAACAGCAGCAGGCCUUGCCAGAGCAACCAAUCGCACACCCAAUCGCCGCUGCCAAUCUCAUGCUGCCUGCUGACACAAGUCGCCCGCAUCCCCUCUGCUAUCCGUGUAUAAGGCGACCCACAGAUUUUGCCUAUUAUUUCUAAUAAUAAAAUACAGUGGUACCUCGGGUUAAGUACUUAAUUCAUUCCGGAGAUCCGUUCUUAACCUGAAACUGUGCUUAACCUGAAGCACCACUUUAGCUAAUGGGGCCUCCUGCUGCCGCCGCUCUGCCGGAGCACAAUUUCUGUUCUCAUCCUGAAGCGAAGUACUUAACCCGAGGUAAUAUUUCUGGGUUAGCAGAGUCUGUAACCUGAAGCGUAUGCAACCUGAAGCGUAUGUAACCUGAGGUACCACUGUAUCAUCUUAUACACAGAAAAAUACGGUACAUUUUAAUCUGGACUUGAGUGUGUUGCAUGUCACAUCUACUUAGUUUUUGAUUGCUUUUGGAGGUUCGUAUCCCAAAUCAUUUGUUUCCUCUUAGGAAAAUCGUAUUUGAAAAACAAUGGUUCUGUCUGGAUAACGCUAUUGGGCAUAUCUAUGGAACAACGUUUGAAGUGACCAGCGGCGGGACCCUUCAGCCGAAGAACAGGGUGCAAGAGGCUGCCACAGGUAAGAGAAAAGCAGCAAAUAGCUUUGUGGCGUAAAAAUUGUAUGUACAGUUCUGCGUAAUAGUUUUGGCACAUCUGACCAAUGUGUAGCCUUUGCAGGGUGAGGGCAGAGGUUAUCUGCUUGAAUUAAAUGUUAAGCUUUCAGAGAGGGCUAUUUUGUUUUCUUUUAAAUAUUUGUAUAGUACAGUGGUACCUCGGGUUAAGAACUUAAUUUGUUCUGGAGGUCCAUUCUUAACCUGAAACUGUUCUUAACCUGAGGUACCACUUUAGCUAAUGGGGCCUUCCGCUGCCACUGCGCCACCACUGUGCAAUUUCUCUUCUCAUCAUGAAGCAAAGUACUUAACCCGAGGUACUAUUUCUGGGUUAGCGGAGUCUGUAACCUGAAGCAUCUGUAACCUAAAGCGUCUGUAACCCAAAGUACCACUGUAUAGAGUCUGUAUAGAGUCUGUAUAGAUUGAUUCAACUCUGCUGUUAGGCAAAAGUGAGGUGGAGGCAUCAGUCCAGCUACACUUCAAGCUGAAAUAGUCAGGAGGAAGUAAACUAGUUGUCUGAUAAAAGAUUAUGAACGCUUGGGAACUGUCUGUCUGGAGGUAAUGUCUGCAACACAGUGGCCCGGCAUUUUCCAAGUCACAGGCUCCGACUUAGAGAACUGAAUGACCUUAUUCCAGUGGGAAUAAUUCAUCUUAAUAAGCCAAGAUAUAUUGAACCUCAAUCUUGUCCCUUUAUGAUGUGAAGAAUCAAAGCAGGAAGACUCUUAACUAACCAUAGUUUCCUGUUUUGUCCCGACUGGGAAACUGUGGCUGACAGUUUUGGAACCCCAGCUUUUAUGGCUUUAAAAGUAGCUCUAAUAAGACUAUUGUUCUGCACAUUCCUCCACUGAUAUUUCACCAUUUUAUAUGUGCUUUUGUUUUCAGAAACGAAAGAAGCAGGUGCCGAUAAUCGUAAUAUAGUUGAUGAUGGAAAGUCUCAAAAACUGACUCAUGAUGAUAUAAAGGCUUUGAAGGAUAAAGGCAUUAAAGGACAGGUAACUAACAAUUGUGAUUCUCAUCCUUCUCUGUUGGUUAUCCAGCACACUCUUCUCACUGUGAGAUACAACGCUAGACGGUUUGCUUUAUCUGAUGCAUUCUGAGGUUGACGGCAGCCGUGUAGAGUUGUGUCACAAGGCUGGAAUCUAAAAGUAGCUUCUUCUGCCUUUUCCCACAUACACAGCAUUGCUUCCCCACCUUCAAAGACACACGUUUGUAAACCAUAUUUCUAGGCACUGUAGCUAAAGAAGAUGCAUUCUAAUGUAAAAACAGCAUUGGCACAAUCCCUCUCCCAUCAGUGCACCUCUCUGCCAUUAUUAUUAUUACUAUUAUUAUUUACAUUUCUAUACUGCCCUUCACCUAAAGAUCACUGGGUGCUUUACAAUAAAGGUAAAGGGACCCCUGACCAUUAGGUCCAGUCAUGACCGACUCUGGGGUUGCGGCGCUCAUCUCGCUUUACUGGCCGAGAGAGCCGGCGUACAGCUUCCAGGUCAUGUGGCCAGCACGACUAAGCCGCUUCUGGCGAACCAGAGCAGCGCACAGAAACGUCGUUUACCUUCCCACCGGAGCGGUACCUAUUUAUCUACUUGCACUUUGAUGUGCUUUCAAACUGCUAGGUUGGCAGGAGCAGGGACCGAGCAACGGGAGCUCACCCCUUCGCGGGGAUUCGAACUGCCGACCUUCUGAUCGGCAAGUCCUAGGCUCUGUGGUUUAACCCACAGCGCCACCCACGCCCCGUGAAACAAAUAUAUGAGAUAGACUCAUGGCAUGCAAAGCAAGAUAUGUCAAGCCUUUAUUUGUUAUGAUUGUGAUGAUCACGGCGUACAGCUGAUGAAAACCCCAAAUUAACAAUCUCAGAAAAUUAGAAUAUUAAAUGAAAUCAGCAAAAUAAGGAUUUCAAAUAGAGCAAUAAUGGACAUAUCUCGCUUUGCAUGUCAUGAGUCUAUCUCAUAUAUUACUUUCACCUUUUAAGUUGAAUUACUGAAAUAAAUGAACUUUUCCACGAUAUUCUAAUUUUCCAAGUUUCACCUGUAUAUGCUACCCAAAACCAGUAAUCAACCAAAAGUGCUUGCUUUCAUUAGACGUUGCUUGUGUACUCUGGUUUAAAUGUGAAAACUUUCUUUUUCUUUUUCAAGUAAGUAUAACGUAGGGAGACAAUGCUGACACACUUCUCUCUUAAAGGAAAUAGUUCAACAAUUGAUAGAGAACAGCACCACGUUCAGAGACAAGACGGAAUUUGCCCAGCAUAAAUACAUCAAGAAAAAGAAAAAAAAGUAAGUUGCAAAUUAGAAAGCCAGGAACAGUAUAUUGUGGCUCACAAAUUAUCUGUGCUUUAAGUUUAAAACACGAUUGCUGUGCUUUGCUUACAGAUAUGAGGCAGUUAUUACAAUCGUAAAGCCAUCAACGCGUAUUCUGUCAACGAUGUACUAUGGAAGGGAACCAGGAAAAAUAAAGUAAGGCUCAAUUUAUUUCAGUCAAAUGGGAAACCUAUUGUAUUAAACUUAAGAGUCUUCACCUGAAAGAACACAACCUAUAAUGUUUUGUGAAUGCAUGUUAAAUAUCAUACAUUCUGAACCUGGGUAUCAAAAUAUCUUUUUUCCUUUUCUACAAGAGUAGAACUUAAAAGCUGAUGUAGGAGAUUUGCUAUGUUGGAUAUGGCUCAGUUUAUACUUAACGCCAAGCCAAACCAUAGCUUAGCGCAAACAAGCAAAUUUAGGUACUCCUGGAGAGAACUUCUUCCUGGUCAUUUGGCUCCGACUCUAGCUUUUUGUAUUCCUAACAUAAAGGAGCUAAGUCAAGAACAGAAUCAUGGAUUAAUAACAACUUCAAAGUUUUUGUUUUAUCGUGUUUUUAAUAAGGUGGGAUUUGGCUUAGUGUGUCAUCUGAGUCUGGUCUCGUAGUUUACUCCCUCCAGACAAACCAUGAGCGGAAACCAAGGUUUGUCCGAACACUGACUACACAGAAUAGCAGUUAUUUGUGGUGUUUAUAGCUUGAUUUGUGUUCCUGGUUGCUUCAGCCAGCACAUAAGAGAGUAAUAUUUGUGGCAUGUUGGUGGGUGUCUGAAUCGUAGCAUUGGACGGACCAAAAAAGCAGUUUAGAGCAACUUCAUGUUGUGAGUCUGUGAGUCCAUUAGCCCCUGAAAUGCUAGGAUUCAGACAUAAAGGAGCUACCGUAUUUUGCGCUCCAUAGGACGCUCCGGCCCAUAGGACGCACCUAGUUUUUUGGGGGGGAAAUAAAGAAAAAAAUUUUUAUUUCCCCCCCAGGUGCGGGGCUGGAAGAACUAGGUCGGGGAACAGCGGGAAGGUGUGCUCUGCCUCCCCGCUGUCCCCCGAGCUUGUGGGGCUGGCGAUGGGGAGAAGUGCGCUGAUCCUGGGACUGCAGGCAGCUCUGCGCGGCCAUCCGGAGCGGGGCGGGACUUCGCGCCCGGCUCCCGGUGGCCGCGCAGAGCUGCGCUGAGCCGGGGACUGCAGGCAGCUCUGCGCGGCCAUCCGGAGCGGGGCGGGACUUCGCGCCCGGCUCCCGGUGGCCGCGCAGAGCUGCGCUGAGCCGGGGACUGCAGGCAGCUCUGCGCGGCCAUCCGGAGCGGGGUGGGACUUUGCGCCCGGCUCCCGGUGGCCGCGCAGCGCUGCGCUGAGCCCAGGACUGCAGGCAGCUCUGCGCAACCCUUGGAGCCGGUCUCCCUAGGGUUGCGCAGAGCUUCCUGAAGCCUGGAGAGCGAGAGGGGUCAGUGCGCGCCGACCCCUCUCGCUCUCCAGGCUUCAGCGAAAGCCUGCAUUCGCCCCAUAGGACGCACACACAUUUCCCCUUCAUUUUUGGAGGGGAAAAAGUGCGUCCUAUAGGGCGAAAAAUACGGUACGUAAUUCAAGAGCAGAAUCAUGGAUUGAUAAUAACUUUGAGGUUUUGGUUUUAUCUUGUUUUUAAUAUUCUGCUGGGAGCCAUCCCAAGUGGCUGGGGCAACCCCGUCACAUGGGGUGCGUACAAUUAAUAAAGCUGUUGUUGUUGUCAUGUGCUGAUAAUAAAGUGAAUGUUGUUUUUGCUUUCUCAGCUAUCUGCGAUACGAUACUUUAGCCCAGAUGCUGACUUGGGGAAACGUCCGUGCUGGCAAUAAGAUGAUUGUAAUGGAAACCUGUGCUGGAUUGGUUCUAGGUGCUAUAAUGGAGCGAAUGGGAGGUAAGAAUAGCAGGCUGCCUGUAAGCAGAACUUUGUGGUGUUGUUGUUUUGUUUUUGUUUUUUAAUGGGAAUGUGGAACAUUUACAUAGUCCUGCUUCUGCGGUAGCAUAUUUAUUUGACCCUUUUUUGAAAACACGAGUCUUAUAUCAUCUUUAGGUCAAAGGCAGCCUUUCUCAACCUGUGGGUCCCCAGAUGUUGUUGAACUACAACUCCCAUCACCCCUAGCUAGCAAGGCCAGAGCUCAGGGAUGAUGGGCGUUGUAGUCCAACAACAUCUGGGGACCCACAGGUUGAGAACCGCUGGAGUUCAAGCUCAAAAAUCACUCUUACAAGUAAGUGUCAGGGACUGGAAUGAAGAGGAGGGGGGAGUGGUGGUGGUCACCAGCCCCUUCUCCUGUAGCUGACAGGGAAGAGGGAGGCCGUGUUGAAUUACAGCCGAACUAUGAGGGAGAGGGUAGCACUGUGGGUUAAACCACAGAGCCUAGGACUUGCCGAUCAGAAGGUUGGGGGUUCGAAUCCCCGCGAUGGGGUGAGCUCCCGUUGCUCGGUCCCUGCUCCUGCCAACCUAGCAGUUCGAAAGCACGUCAAAGUGCAAGUAGAUAAAUAGGUACCGCUCCGGCGGGAAGGUAAACGGCCAGAAGCAGCUUAGUCAUGCUGGCCACAUGAACCAGAAGCUGUCGGCCAAUAAAGCGAGAUGAGCGCCACAACCCCAGAGUCAGUCACGACUGGACCUAAUGGUCAGGGGUCCCUUUACCUUUACCUUAUGAGGGAGAUAACAAGUCAGAGACAGGCGAACGGCCAAGUUAUGCAGAGUUAGGAGAAGCAGUGGAGGAGACAGAGCAGCCAGUGGACACUUCAUUAGACAGCAUAGAAUCUCAGUGGUUCUCAACCUGUGGGUCCCCAGAUGUUGUUGGACUACAAUUCCCAUCAUCCCUGAGCUCUGGCCUUGCUAGCUAGGGGUGAUGGGAGUUGUAGUCCAACAACAUCUGGGGACCCACAGGUUGAGAAAGGCUGGAUCCACUGUCCCCUAGAACGCGACGUUCGUUAAGGGUGCAAGAGCAACGGACACAGAGGCAUUUGACCACGGGGGGCCACCGUAGGGUCAGAUGCUGUUGGGAGAGAGGGAAGGUGGGGAGGAGCCACAGUGACCAACUCUAUCAUGGAGGAAGGACUGAAUUAUUUGUAUACUACCGUUAAUGACUGCAUAAGUCAUAAGCAAGAGCUUUCUUGUUUCUUCCCUGCUUCUUGAAACCAUUGGGGGAGGGGAGAAUUCAUCAAGCCUGACAAUGACAUUUCUACCAAAAUGUAAAGCUCAAAAAAAAAAGUAUAAAAAUAUGAGUUGUUGGAGAACACAAAUUCUCUCCUCCCCACCAUCUGCCGUUUUAUUUUGUCUUGACAACCUCUUUGGCGCAAGCGACUGAAGGGAAAUUUUAGAACUUCUAUUUUUUCAUUAUCUCUUGUUAUUGACUGCUGGGGGUUGGUCUCUGGUGAAUAUUUAACCGGUAUCUAAUGAGCUGCUUUAGAUGUGCCUGCUUGGGCCUGUUCAGUGGCAUUUUAAUUUAAAAUAAAAAUAAAGUCUUUUCCUGGUCACGUCCAGUGCCUCUGUCAAACUGCUUUUGGAAUUCAGCUCCAAAGCAGGUUUGCCACAUGGCAGGGUGGAACAGGCAGCCAUUUGAUGCACGUAUCCAGAAUCUAACCUUCCUUUUGUGUAAUUACCCCAAAGUUGCUUGUGUCCUUAAAUACUUGAUUUAAAACUGAAUGCGCAAAACUGAAUGCCCCUGCCUUGAGCAGCAAUUGUUUGAAUUGAUUUGAUGUGAAACUUCUGUGAAGUGCUGCUCAUGCUGGUGUUUACCGUAUUUUUCGCUCUUUAAGACGCACCAGACCACAAGACGCACCUAGUUUUUGGAGGAGGAAAACAAGAAAAAAAAUAUUCUGAAUCUCAGAAGCCAGAAACAGCGAGAGGGAUCGCUGUGCAGUGAAAGCAGCAAUCCCUCUUGCUGUACUGGCUUCUGUGAUAGCUGUGCAGCCUGCAUUCGCUCCAUAAGACGCACACACAUUUCCCCUUACUUUUUAGGAAGGGAAAAGUGAGUCUUAUAGAGCAAAAAAUACGGUAUAUUCAUGUAAGUCAUUUUCUGAUAAGCAUACACAGGUAUGUAUCCUGUCCCAGUGCAGGGUGUUUGUUGAAAUGACUCUGGUCCAUGCUUGCAGGUUAUGGAUCCAUUAUUCAGAUGUACCCAGGAGGAGGACCUGUUAGAGCAGCCACAAGCUGCUUUGGGUUUCCAGGAUCCUUCUUCCAAACGCUGUACGAUUUCCCUCUCAGCAAAGUGGACAGUCUUCUCUCCGGUACGUUUUCUUUAAAGAAACUGCCUUUAGAGUCUGAAGAGAAUACGGCAGUGGCCGAAGAAAGCAAUGGCUCGGUGGAUGACAAACCAGUUUCCGUCCAAGAAGCAGACACAGAAUGCAGUACUGAGAUAGUUGCGGAAGACAGUCAGCCUGAAGAACAAGAAAUAAUGGACAUUCCAACGGAGGGCGACGCAUUUGAAGGCAGUAAAGCAAAGGGAACAGUAAGGAUCUACUGACUUAACUUUUAGACACUGUCAUCAAAGAAAUGUUGCCAGUUUGGAAUUAAUCCAAGUGGUGUUCAUCUUUCAUUUAUUUGAAAGAUUUGAUGUCCCACCCAUGAGUUUUGCAACUUCCAGAGUGAUUUACAGUCACUUGAAACCUUAAAACAUUUCUCACUCUGUCUAAGGAAGCUUUUAAUAUCUGAAGGACUAUUGUAUUUUAAUAUUUUGUUGGAAGCCGCCCAGAGUGGCUGGGGAAACCCAGCCAGAUGGGCGUGGUAUAAAUAAUAAAUUAUUAUUAUUAUUAUCAUCAUCAUCAUCCCUGUGGCACCCUAUAGCUUCAGUGACUAGUGGAAUAGUUACAGUGGAACCUUGAUUCUCACACUUCAUCCAUUCCAAACGUCCGUUUGACUCCCAGAACUGUUUGGAAACCAAGACGCGGCUUCCGAUUGGCUGCAGGAGCUUCCUGCACUCAAGCGGAAGCCGUGUCAGAUGUUCGGUUCCAAAAAAAACGUUUGAAAAUCGGAACACUUACUUCUGGGUUUUCGACGUUCAGGAGCCGAUUUGUCCGUCAACUAAGCCAUUCGAGAACCAAGGUACCACUGUACUGUGCUCUCUUCAUUUGAGACUGAUGUCAGUCAUCAGGGUCUUUUGAUAGAACUCAAAACGUUUUUUGCGAUGCCUUUGAGUUUAUUUACACUUGCUAGUGUUCAGAAUCACCAUGCUUAUGCACAGCACCAGAAUAAUGUGAUCUUUUAGGUGAUCACCAAAUCUAUCAGUGGAUUUUAUGGUGUAAAGUCAGCUGUAAGAAAAAGGUAAAGGGACCCCUGACCAUUAGGUCCAUUCGUGACCGACUCCGGGGUUGCAGCGCUCAUCUCGCUUUAUUGGCCGAGGGAACGGGCGUACAGCUUCCGGGUCAUGCGGCCAGGAGGACUAAGCCGCUUCUGGCGAACCAGAGCAGGGCACUGAAACACUGUUUACCUUCCCGCCGGAGCAGUACCUAUUUAUCUACUUGCACUGUGACGUGCUUUCGAACUGCAAGGUUGGCAGGAGCAGGGACCGAGCAACGGGAGCUCACCCCGUCACGGGGAUUCGAACCGCCGACCUUCUGAUCGGCAAGUCCUAGGCUCUCUGGUUUAGCCCACAGCACCACCCACGUCCCAAAGUCAGCUGUAGAGUAUGUCAAACAAAGAGCUUAAGCCUUUCUGUGCUAGCUCAACAGAUGUUAGGAUUAGAGUGUGGAGAAGAUCUUUCCAAAGUGCUCCUAAUGCACUUUGCGGCUUGCAAAACUUUUGGGAAGUGGUUCAGCUUCACACUCCUAAUAUAAAUUAUUUUGAGCUUGGGGGCAAGAUAUCUACAUGUGAUGGUCCGCUGAGAGUGCCCCCAGAGGGAAACAGUGAGCAUAUCUUACUUCCUAUAGCACUUCUAGUUUGAAUAACCCUUUAAACUUAAAGAACGUAGGCAAAGCAGCCAACAGAUGGGUUGUCAGCUGUUUAUUUUUUUUCUUCCCAGACACACGACAAACAAAAGAAACAAGAGGAGAGGCAGAAAAAGUUGAUAGAAGCUGCAGGUUUAUUGAAAGAGAAAAAUGCUGAUGGGUGAGUUUGAGCACAUAACGCUAAAUAUUCCUGGAAAAUUAAGGGCCUUACUUUGUUCCCCAAGUUAAAUGUGUGCAAGAACCCAACAAAGCCUAAUGGGUCUUUCCUUACAAUACCAAGCGUGGCUGAAUAUUAGUUGUUCACAGUGGUAAGUUGGGUUCUGGUGCCUAGCACUGUCCAUCUUGCUCUUUGAACUUCACCUGGUAUUGCUCCAGCAGCUUCUUACGACAUUUUAAAUUCUUUCCUCAAUUCUUCAACUCUUUCCUAUCAAGGAUGAUUUAGGAUGCCAAAACAAACCAUAAAGUAGAAUGGGCAUAAUGAGGAUCAAAGAUGGGAAGAGACCGAGUAAAAGAGAUAUUUCUCAUUUGGGAAAUAUAAAGGAAAUAUUUCUCAUUUCCUUUAGUGGUUCAGUUCUACCUAAAUCAUGUAUGCAUUAAUGACUUAAAAACAACUCAUUUCUGAAUUAUUUUGCUCGUCUUCUGUCCCAGCAUAGUGAUUGCUAAUCUUUGCUGACAAUUACAGAAAACUGGGAUGAAAUGGGAUGAUUUAUUGAAGGCUGUCAUGAAAUAUUGACUCACAGAAUUUACCGUAUUUUUCGGUCUUUAAGACGCACCAGACCACAAGACGCACCUAGUUUUUGGAGGAGGAAAACAAGAAAAAAAAUAUUCUGAAUCUCAGAAGCCAGAACAGCAAGAGGGAUCGCUGUGCAGUGAAAGCAGCAAUCCCUCUUGCUGUACUGGCUUCUGUGAUAGCUGUGCAGCCUGCAUUCGCUCCAUAAGACGCACACACAUUUCCCCUUACUUUUUAGGAGGGAAAAAGUGAGUCUUAUAGAGCAAAAAAUACAGUAUAUUUGAGAUCUCUGGACCAGAGCAUUAAAUGUGUUUUGCUUGGGGAGAAAUGUUCCUUUGUAAAACAUAAAAAUAAAAAUAAAACGUUACGUUUUAUUACUGUAAAAAAUUCAACUCUGAAAAUUUACUGAAGUGGACUUAAUUAGCUGAGUUUUAUCGGCUCCUUCCAGGCUGUAUGAGUGACUUGCAGAUUUCCACAUGUAGGCAAAAUGCUUCUGAAAAUGAAAUCUAUUGACUCAACACGGCACUAAAGCCUGCAUCUACAACAACAUUAAUAAAAGGACAAUAUGCUUCGCCAGAUAUUGCCUUUCCUUAUUUCAGCUUGGUUUGCCCAGGCAAAUAUGAACAAUCUUUUGAUCUAACCUGUGUACAACUUUCUGUUGCAGUUUAAUUGUUGCCAGUCGAUUUCAUCCGGUGCCUUUAUUACUCUCCUUAUUAGAAUUUGUUGCUCCCUCAAGGCCUUUUGUUGUCUACUGCCAAUAUAAAGAGGUGAAUCCAAUACCUUUUAUUUUUAUUAUCCCUCUGAGUUUUCAGCAAGUUCGUUUAACCAGUUUUUCUUCUCUUAGCCAUUAGUGGAAUGCUACACGAAACUGAGAGAAAAAGGGGGUGUCAUUAAUCUGAAACUCUCUGAAACGUGGCUACGAAAUUAUCAGGUAAGAAUUGCACGUAUAUAUGUAUCGCCAUACAUAUGGUGGAAUGUAUGGGAAGCUUAGUAUAGAAAAGUGAAAAAGAAAAUUGUAUCUAUUGGCUCUUUCCUUCCCUCUCAAUCUCAGCCGCCCAAUGGAUAAAAUAGAGAAAUCAAGCAUUCUAACAUUUAGCUUAGCACCACUCUCAAAAAUUCAGUGUUUGUUUUAGCCUAAGUUAACCAUGUUAGUGCAAGGCUGCCUUCAGUUCUUGAGUACAGUGAUACCUUGGGUUAAGUACUUAAUUCGCUCCGGAGGUCUGUUCUUAACCUGAAACUGUUCUUAACCUGAAGCACCACUUUAGCUAAUGGGGCCUCCUGCUGCUGCCGCACCGCCAGAGCACGAUUUCUGUUCUCAUCCUGAAGCAAAGUUCUUAACCUGAAGCACUAUUUCUGGGUUAGCGGAGUUUGUAACCUGAAGCGUAUGUAACCUGAAGCGUAUGUAACCUGAGGUACCACUGUAAUUGGGAGUAUGAGCAGAUACACAAAUCACUGUUUAAGUCAACAGUAACUUUUAGUUUUCUGCUAAAUAAAUAUCAACAGGUCACUGGCAUCUCUGUAUUGGGAGGGUUUUUCUUCAUCAGUGCAACUGAGUUAACAGAGUUUUACAGUGUGGGACCAAUAGCACAAUAGAUAAUAACUUUGUCUGUGUUUACUUUCACUUUCAAGGAAUGGACAAAAUAUUUCAAAGUAUGCAAACCAGGGGUCCUAGGUUUUUUUUAAAAAAGCAGUGGUUAAAUGAUGCAGCUUCCCCAAGCUCACUUGUUUAGUGACUGACCGCUAUUUGAUUUUAAACCAGAGUUCCUGAUUCCCAUACAACACUAUGCUGAGAGACUUUGAAAUGGAGUAAACACAAGGCAGUGCUGUGCUCUGAUUCACUGAGACUCUUCUGAGAAGCACUAAACCAUGGCUUAGCAUUAGCCCAUCACGUUUCCAAAAUGGUGCUGACCGUUUUGUGAAACACAAGUGUUAGGGUGGGAAUACCGUGGCAGAUCUGUUUCUUUGUAGGUGUUAAAUGAUAUAGUAUAGGCACAUGCAUCUCUCCAGAGGUUGCGAUCUAUUCCCAGUAUAAAAAAAACUGGCUGUGAUCUACCCAUUGUCAUGAGUUGUUGAGCUUAUUUUGAGGGGCGAAGCCACAGUUGUUGCGCUUUUUUGGGGUCAGGGAGAACACCUUCGCAAUCAAUCUAGGGCACCUUCGAGAUCGACCAGCAGCUCACAAUCGACCUGUUGGACAUGCCUGAUAUAGUAUACCGUAUUUUUCGCUCUAUGGGACGCACCAUGUUUUAGAGGGGGAGAACAAGAAAAAAUAAUUCUCCCCCUCUCUGCUCAGCGCCCCUUCAGCGAAGCGGCAGGAGAAACGGAGCCCCUUCCAUUUUUUCUCCUGCUUCGCUGAAGGGGCGCUGCGCAGCUCUCCCUCUCUGCUGAAGCCAGGAGAGUCUUGCUCUCUCGGCUUCAGCAAAAGGAACCCGAAGCCUUUGGAGCGCAGCGCGAAUUCCCGCUGCGCUCCAAAGGCUUCAGGCAGCUAUUCCUGAAGCCUGGAAAGCGAGAGGGGUCGUUGCGCACCGACCCCUCUCGCUCUCCAGGCUUCAGCGAAAGCAACGCGAAGCCUCCGGAGUGCGGAGGGAGCGCUCCCUCUGCGCUUCGGAGGCUUUGCGUUGCUAUCGCUGAAGCCAAGGAGCCUGCAUUCGCUCCAUAGGACGCACACACAUUUCCCCUUAAUUUUUGGAGGUGAAAGAGUGCGUCCUAUAGAGCGAAAAAUAUGGUAAAUAUUCAUCUGAAUCCAGUUAGAACUUAAACCUUGCAGAAAAAAAAUACAUCGUGCAGCUACUUGAAACUAUUACUCGUAAUCAUGAUGGCGUUCCAUUUUCUUGCUCUUUGUAAAGGUCUUGCCAGAUCGGAGUCACCCCAAAUUGAUGAUGAGCGGCGCCGGCGGGUACCUUCUGACAGGCAUCACCGUUAUAAAUGAGAGUGUAAAAUCCGGGGACUGCUCAGGACAGACAGAUGAAGAGCCGACAUCUAAAAAACGUAAACUUCAAGAGCAGCGUUGACAUUUGGAGAAAUGCUUGUUUUUCUUGGGGCACCAGAUUUAGCCUCAUUUUCUAUCCCUACCUGUGCUUAAGAGGACAGAGAAACGUACUUUGUCUUGCAUUUGCCAACUGUUGCAGAGAAGGUUAUCGAGAGAAGGGACUGCAUUCGAAUCCUAUCCAACUCGUACAUGGAUAGCGCCACAGCUUUAAAACAGUAUUACAAUGUUCAAACAGUGAAAGACUUCAGGAUAUAAGAGUCACUCUUCCUGGAGCUGCUGCAAAAAUUGACUGAAACUCCAGUCUUGUUUGCCUUCAAAGUUUUGUUUGAAUUCGAAUCUCUUAUUUAUACCACCACUUCAUUUGUAAUCUCACGGCAUAUUAUGUUGUUGGUUAAAAAUCCAUAUCUUUUUUUCCCCCAUUUCAAGCCCUUGAAAUCAAGAUGUUCUUACUAAUAAGUGAAAUGGAUAUUACAAAAUCAUGCAGUUUCAUUACGGGUGGGUGAAACAGGAUUGAAGCAAGAAAAUUGUGUUUUUUAUCUCUUGUGGAGACAAGAAUUAAGGAUCAUCAUGUUUAUGCAUUUUAGAGUAACAGUGGGUUUUACCAUUUUUACCUACCCAGUGUUAGUCAUACACUGAGUAAAGCCAUUGAAAUUAAUGGACAUGGCUAGCUGAGGUCCGUUAAUUUCAAUGGUUCUGCUCUGAGUAGAAACAACGCAAUAGUUCAUUUUCACUUACUAAGUAACUUUUAAAAAAUGAAAGCUGGUUUCCCUCUUCGCCUUUUUAACAUGUGAUAACUGUAUAUGGUUAUGUAAAGUCUAUGAUCCGUAAACCUGCAUUUCAAUAAAUUCUUAAGCGGGGGGGGUGUUUCUUACACAAGAAUGUGUUGUUUUCUUCUGAGCAUGAAAACAUAGGUAAGGUAGAAACAAGUUUAGCCAGCUGUAUCUAUUUUGGAGGAUCAGGACAGUAAAUAACAGUUAGGAG